AUGAAGUCCAGAAACAACUCGUUCGAACCCCAGCCGGAGCUGCAGGAGCUGCUGCAGAAGCCGCACAGCCUGAAGCUGAUCCCUGACGGAAAACGCGCAACAACCUUGCCGCCUCUUAAAGCUUUACACACAAAAUGGCGAAGAAAGAAACUACAAACUAUAGCAAAUAUUAAAAAUUUGCAUAAAAAAAUUGAUAUAGCUGAAUUGAGCGCAUUGACGGUUAAACAAAUUACAUUCGAAAAUUAA